CCGACGCAGUACCAUAGUUUCUUUUGAAACUUACCACCUUCAUUUAUAUUCUUACACAGACUGACUGACACCCUUGGUUAGAGUAGAUUUUAAAUGUUAAGCUAUCACCGCCAACCCAAGGUAUAUAUCAACCCGGGGUUGUUUAAGGAAGCCGUUAAAGAACUUUUUUUGGCCCAUAGAGAAAAAUGUAAACUCUUGGCGUGGGUUGAAAGACAAAUCCUGAAUUUCCCAUGGGAACUCACGCCUCGAAUCUUCUAAUUUCACGGUCCAAUUCGCUAUUAAUUGAUCAAGAGCUGGGUCGACAGAAAAACUCGUCAGCAAGCCAGGCUAUGUGGACGAGCAUACAUACAUAAUGAGACUCGAACACGUCUCCGGGAUUUGCCAGAAGCGGCGAAAUCAACAGGAUUUGAUAGUUGAUGCCACGACAACUACAUGAAUAACGAACACCACAGAUUGGACUUUGAACCAUGCAAUGUUUAAGUACUUCUUUGUCAAUACACUUCUCUUUUGUUUCAUUGAAUGCAGUGUUCUACGCGAUGAAAAAGCCUAAUUUUCAUCAACUUGUUUGUACUCAGACUGUUCAAACAAAUAAAACGUUGGUAUUAAAAACAACUGGAGAUCAGUUAAGCUCUGAAAUGAGUGGCCUUACUUUACUAUAUUCAACUUUCGCCGGCGUCAAUUAGCAGAGCACGAGAACAAUUGAAUAGGUAAUAAAUUAUUCACAUUCUGACAUUCCCAAUGGUGAAUUUUGUUGAUGAAAAGACACACAAUAGAAGACAGAGAAAGCUCUGACUGUGCGAUUAAUUUCAGUCGAUGGUGCCUAUUCUCUUCGUUUUAUGUCUAAAAAUGCAUCGCGCAUAUUAAAAGAAACUCAGCCGGAAGGACAGACCUUGAAUCUUUAUGGGUACAAUUAAUUUGAGCUGUAUCAUCAUAUGAUCAUUUGCAGUUCGAGCAUGCAUGUUAUUUGCAGGGAAACCGAAAUAAAUUUGUUCUUAAAAAAUUUGCAGUAAGCCUUACAAUGGGUACUAAUGAAUAAAGGAAAGAGCUAUUCAUAUGUAUUAGACAGUUUUGUUUUCAUUUUAAUCCUCAGAACAAUCCAGCAAGCCCAACCCAGAAACAUCACUACUCAGUGCAUAGCAACGUUUAGAGAGACCUCUUAGAAGUUUACUCGAAGGAGUAUCACUUUUUGAUCGUCGUAUUUGACCCAGUUGACAGAAGUCAGUUUGUAAUCAUGAAUACCAAACUGGUACUCUUCCUGGUAGUUGCUUCAUGUGUGCUUUUCACCGAUGCUCGCAGUAUAUCGCGCCAGAAUGCCGACGCAGUCGAGGGCAAUUUACGCAAGGGUGUCCGAAAUGACGACGCUAAUAGGGGAGAGUACCCGGCUAAAAAGGAUGAAUCCACUGGAGCCGAUACUCAGGAUGGCAUGGUAAUAGCUCGCACUAUAAUUCAUAGGAUGAGAUCCACAAAGAACAAAGUUGAACAGACAGCUCCUAACUUUUCGUUGACAGUUCGUGGUAUUUUGGAUAAAGCAACAAGCAGCAUAAGCUCGGCAUCUAACAAGGCGAAGGAAACAGCGAAUAAAGCGAAAGCCAAAGUUGAAGAGUUAGGCAAGAAAGCGAAAGGAGCUAUUGAAGAAGGAAAAAAAAAGGUGGGUUCCAUCACAGGAAAAAGAAAAUUCGUCGACACUUUGUUGACAGCUCGUGGUAUUUUGGAUAAAGCAAAAAGCAGCUUAAGCUCAGCAUCUAACAAGGCGAAGGAAACAGCGAAUAAAGCGAAAGCUAAAGUUGAAGAAUUAGGCGAGAAGGCGAAAGGAGCUAUUGAAGAAGGAAAAAAAAAGGUGGGUUCCAUCACAGGAAAAAGAGAAUUCGAGGCAUUCUUGGAAACAAGUAUGGGAACGCGGGAAGAUUAAGCCAGUGGAACAGAUUCUCAAGACGAAAUGCCAGAUAGACCGAGAAAGAGGGUUGAGACUAGCAAAUAGUUGACACCCUGUGUCUGUUUUUUAAAUCUCUAAUUAUAUUUGCACUUAAGCACCGAGUUUCCCAUGAGUUAUACGACGUGGCCCAGAAUAUAACUGAAAAUCUCACUUUGGUAAUUCCUAAAUUCAAGUUUAUUGUUGUACACAUUCAUUAACCCUUUCAUUCCAAGACAUGACCAACCUAGUUUCUCUUCAACAUAUCAUUUUCAAGCAGGACUGUAAUGGAAAGAAUGCAAAUCAUCAGUCAUAAGGUGUAAUUUGAUUAAGCAACAAAUUAUCAGCGCUAAAAGUUACAAUGGUAGAAGGUAAAAACAGUCAUCUUGAUCCUAGAAGUAAACAGGGUUAAGAAAGAACAAGUGAACCUAACAUUCAACCCCAAUUGCUAUCUUUCCUCCGUAUCUAUAUCUCAAUUUUUUUUACCAAUAAAUGGUAUCGAUAUAUCUCUUUUAACAGCU